AUGCUGUCUUUCUCGUCGAGCGUGCCUAUACCGGCCGAGAUCAUUGGAAGUCUGAGUAUCGAUGGGUACCCUCCUUUCCUAGACCGCAUGAUGCAGCCUCCGUUCGAUCUAUUCCGCACGGUACACGACUCGGCUGAACGCUUACUCAAUGCUCUGCUCAGCCUAGGAGGAGGCGUCCUCCCCACUCUGCUCCUGCUCCCGGAACAGCUCGUGCGCUUGCCAAUGGUGCUCUUUCCUUUCUCUGUGGGCGUGCUCCCCGCGAUCUGCACUCGGAACUCCCAGACCGGUAGCUGGGAGAUCCCACCUGAGUCGACGCGCCAGAAUACAAAUCUCAUGAUGAGCACGAUUCUGCUUACAGUGGCAAAGCAGCUCCAGGACGAGUCGCUCGCGCAUACGGUGCUCCCAGGCAUUGAGGGCACCAUGAAAGUCAGUACCUCGCUCAUCACCUUGUUGUAUUACCUCGCGCUAUCUCUGUCGCCGAGUCCGUCGACGUACAAUAACCUGGGGAUUUUGCUGUGUACGCUUUCCUCUGCGCGACCUGUAAGGAAUAUACAAGGCCAGAAGCAGCUGCUCGACGGGCCGACUCUGGCGCGGUUGUACUAUCAAGCCGGCCUGCAGUUGGAACCAACGCAUCCUCAUAUUCUCACCAACUUGGGUUCACUGUUGAAAGAUCAGGGGCAUGUGGACGAGGCCAUCGAGUUGUACAUGAAGGCAGUCCAGCGCAAGCCAGACUUUGACAUCGCUCUUACCAACUUGGGCAAUGCAAUCAAGGAUGUCGGCCGCUCAUGGGACGCAAUCCAAUAUUACCGCCGCGCCGUCGCGCUCAACCCUAACCUUUUCGAAGCGACGUGUGGUCUCCUCAACUCGCUGUGCUCCAUCUGUGACUGGCGCGGGCGCGGUGCGGUACCGCACGAGCUCGGCGUAGACGAUGACGGCGCACUCGUGCCACCAAGCGAGUCGGGAACGCCUGGGUGGAUCACAAAGAUGGUUGACAUCUGUAUGCAGCAGAUCGCGCUGGGGUACACAAUUGUCGGGAUCAUCAACAGGUCUUCGGACGUUGACGGGUGGCUGCAGGCCCUGCAGGCAGUGCAGGGCCGCCCACUGCGCGAGGACGAGAAGGCCCGGUGGCGCGCGAGUCUUGCACGAUAUCAUAGCAACGAGGGCCGAGUGAUGAGCGGUUUGAAUGAAGUGGGGUUCAUCAUUCGUUUCAUUGACUGGGUACAACCGCGGCUGCAGCGCCGAUGGUAUCUCAGGCUGUAUGGAAAGACGCUACGCUCUGAACAGCCUGCAAGCCCGUUGGAGGACUUGAGCGCCCAUUUCCUCCGACCCGUCUUGCCAGCGAAUCUGACCAUUCCACCUGUGCCCUCGGUGCUCCCCUUUCAUACGUUCACGUAUCCGCUCUCGGCGCGUAUAACGCGUUUGAUCGCUCACCGCAAUGCCCUCCGUAUCUCGUACUUGGGCCUCUCGCAAGCGUGGCUUCCCAAACAUGUAUUCCGCCCGCCGUCGCCUCCCUUCAAGGGCAAGCUAAAUAUCGGCUAUGUCUCGAACGAUGUCAAUGACCAUCCUCUCUCUCACCUCAUGCAGUCAGUGUUUGGUCUACACGAUCGCAACUUGUUCAAUGUCUACUUGUACACCACCAGCCCCUGGGAUGGUUCUGAUUACCGCCCGAGGAUCGCUAAUAAGGUUGAGAACUUCGUGGACGUGUCUACGUGGUCGGCGCAUGCGAUUGCGGAGCAUAUUCUGGCGCAAAACAUCCACAUCCGAUGGUGCGAUUAUCUCGUCGGCUGCGAAACAUCUUGUCCUCCGUCCAUGAGUGUAAUGGACUUAUGGCGUCGAGGUCGUCGCGGAGAACAAGACCAAGCGCGUGUCGCCUUUGACUUCGAUGCCGACCCUGAGUCAUCUUCCGAAGAUUGGAUAUAUACGGAGAAGCUCAUUUACAUUCCUCAUUCGUUCAUGGUCACCGAUCAUCGGCAGUCCUUCCGCAAGGACGAGAACUUGACAUAUGAAGAGCGACUGAAGAUUCAUCCUGAUCAGCUAUGGUACGAGGAAGAGCGGAGAAGAUCACGGAUGAGACGAGCUCUUUUCCCCGACAUUCCCCAGGAUACUGUGAUAUUUGCCAAUUUCAGUCAGGUGAGCCCGUGGCAGGCCUCAUACAGCGCAAUCUUUGCUGUCUGGCUUGACAUUCUCACGAAGGUGCCGAGGAGUAUCCUAUGGCUUCUCCGAUUUCCCUCCGCGGGAGAAGAACAUCUCCUACGUACAGCAAGAGCAUGGGCAGGAGAAGACGUUGCAUCGCGCGUUCGCUUCACAAGUAUUGCCAAAAAGGAAGACCACGUCUACCGCUCGAGAGUGGCUGAUCUUUUCCUCGAUACUAUCGAGUGCAAUGCACACACAAUCGCGGCCGAUGUCCUAUGGACUGGCACGCCCAUCCUGACAUGCCCGAAACAUGCCCACAAGAUGUGCUCUCGAGUGGCUGCCAGUAUGGCGACCGCUACCACGUUUGGCGAUCUGAUGAUAGUGCAUUCCAUGGAGGAAUACAGGGAGCGUGCCAUUGAUCUCGCGCAAAGUGUGCGAUACAUGGCUGUUCAUGACACCCCUGGCGAAGUCGUAUACAGGGGGCAGGGCACGCUCAUCAAUCUGCGUCGGAACAUUUUCCUCAAUAGGGACAACCUACCUCUCUUCGACACCGAGAGAUGGACGCGGAAUCUGGAGAAAGGCCUUCAGGAGGCCUGGAGGCGUUGGGUUGAAGGCACGCAAUACGAGAUGUCUGACGACGGGUGCAUCUGGGUCCACGACGAUAAACCCGUCAGCGUGAUAACUUACGCAUAA